GUAUAUAUUAGUUGUGACAAUGAUGUAAAGUAUUGGUCAAGUUGUUGGAGUAAUUUAUCUAAAUAAAAUAAUUAGCAAACGUGAGGUGAUUAACCACUAUGAUUUCUUAUAAACUCACGUUGACUUCUGAGAAUUUUUGAAAGUCUGACAUCAGAUCUAUGACAAGAGGAGCAGGAGGGGAGACAGUGGCAUGGAGUUACUUUUGCAGAGAUGUUGUGCCGUUCACUGCAAUGGUCGCGGUGGAGUGUGUUACGGUUGGAUCUAAUACACUGUUCAAGGCUGCGACAUUGCGAGGAUUGAGCUUCUAUGUCUUUGUCUUCUAUACCUAUGUUGUUGCUACACUUGUUCUUCUUCCACUUUCCCUCAUUUUUGGAAGGUCAAAACGAUUACCUUCUGCCAAGACCCCUGUCUUCUUCAAUAUUUUCUUACUUGCGCUUGUUGGGUUCAUGUCUCUGAUAGUUGGUUGUAAAGGUAUAGAAUAUAGUUCACCAACUCUUGCCUCUGCUAUCAGCAAUCUGACACCAGCUUUCACAUUUACGCUCGCCGUUAUCUUCAGAAUGGAACAAAUAGUCUUAAGGAGCUCCGCGACUCAGGCCAAAAUCAUUGGCACGAUAGUAUCUAUAUCUGGUGCUUUGGUUGUUAUUCUUUAUAAAGGCCCUAAAGUUCUAACUGAUGCAUCUCUUACACCUCCAUCACCUACCAUUUCGCUUUACCAGCAUUUGACUUCAUUUGAUUCGAGUUGGAUAAUCGGAGGUCUUUUGCUCGCUACACAGUAUUUGCUUGUUUCAGUCUGGUAUAUUCUUCAGACUCGGGUCAUGGAGUUAUACCCUGAAGAAAUAACUGUAGUAUUCUUGUAUAACUUAUGCGCUACGCUUAUCUCGGCACCAGUAUGUCUAUUUGCGGAAAAAGACUUGAAUUCUUUUAUACUUAAACCGGGUGUCUCCCUUGCUUCAGUCAUGUACUCGGGAGGCUUAGUUUCAUCAUUUGGCUCAGUUAUACACACUUGGGGUCUGCAUCUUAAGGGUCCAGUCUACAUAUCCUUGUUCAAGCCGUUGUCUAUUGUCAUUGCGGUCGCUAUGGGUGUUAUGUUCCUCGGCGAUGCACUUUACCUUGGGAGUGUCAUUGGAUCAUUGAUUUUGAGCUUAGGAUUCUACACUGUGAUUUGGGGAAAAGCAAGAGAGGAUUCAAUCAAAACUGUGGCUGGUACUGAGCAGUCCCCUUUGUUGCCUUCACACACCAUAGAAGAAGAAGCCUCAUUAAGCUGUGACUGAUGCAAGUGGAAUCUGUUAAGAGAUGGUCCCCAUUGAUGUUUACGUAUAGCUACACUACAUUGUACAUAUGGUAAUUUUGUAUGUUUUUCUUUCUUGUACUAUUUCAAGUUAAGGAUUUUUAAUUAAUGUAAGACGACUGAUAUUGCCAGUUAGGAAACCUUCUCUU